AGAACGAGUAGAUACAGCUAAAGCUCAAGCUGCUCAGCUCAGCACUGAAGCUUUUUCAACCAAUCUAAUAUACCUACUGUUACUCUUUAAUCGUGAUUACGCGUAAUAUUUAAUGAUAAACAUUUGUGCUAGUCCGCAUUGUGAUUAAUAACUCCGAUAAUUAUCCAUCUAAGUAUACAUAUACCUUUACUCACUCAAUAUAUAUAUAUAUAUACAUAUAUUCAUAUACAAAUAUACAUAUACAUGUAUAUACACAUACACACAUACAUGUAUAUAUGUACAGAAAUAUAUAUAAAGUAUCAUGAGAACGUUUGUGAAAUUUACUGAAACAUAAACAAUUCCUGUGAAAGCUCCCAAGAUUAUCAUUGGGCGGUGUCAGGUUAGGACUUUGAUAAAAAAGUGAAAAAAAUAAAAAAAAUAAGAAAAACUGGCGAUUUUAAAGAAUUGUAUAACAAAAAUGAUAGACGAGGACGAUCACGAUGAACAAGUACGUUGUACCGGUAGUGAUGUGGAAAUAGAAGAGUACACGGACACGGAGGAACCAGCAUACACAACUUAUCAGUCAACUGACAAGCUCUUUGAUACAGAGCAACCGUGUUGGCAAAGGUUUAGUUUUCUAGCCACCUUGGGCAUUGUCACAGCAUCGGUUACAACCUCUAUCAUCAGUUUGCCACUCUACCUCGAGAAUGUCAGCGGCACAGCGAAUGCCUACACAGGACUUUUAUUUAUUGCAUUUCUAUCAACUUGUAUUUUGGGAUUGAUCUGCGUUAUUGGGGAAAAAGUAUCGCCACCACCUACACUUGUUCCCAACAGUCUCAAAAUAAAAAUACCAAGAUGUAGUCUCGUCAAGAUAAGUUGUUUUUACGCACUCUCGGGAAUACUUGCGACACUUUCAUUGGAUCAAAAUCGAGUGCUUUGUCACCUUCAGGAUCCCAUCAAGGGCAUAACGCUUGUUUUCUCCCUUGUUUACUAUUUUUUCUUCUGUCGCAAAAUGAUGAGUCUUCAGCGUAUAUUUUCCAGUACGACGAUAAUAGUCGGUCUGUUUAUAAGCGUGGACUACGGACUGUGUGAUGAAUUCCGGUGUCGCGGCCGCGAAGUAUCUGCACACACAUUAACAGAAAGAGGUUCUUGGGGUAUACGAGCGGUUUGGACACUAGUUUAUGUGGCAUCACUGGCAGUGUUUGCUAUGGUCUUCACUCUACUUGAGCUCCACUUUACCACCGGGCAACAAAGUGCCUGUCGUUUGUUGACGACUCAGCACAAUUCAUUCCUCUACACUGUAUCGAGGCUGGUAUCAUCUCGUGAUAUAAGACGACGUGGUUCUGAAGAAGAAGGGGGCCGUUUAUUACAUGUCACUGAUCCAGACCCGACGAUCAAGCAUAAGCACUUACCCAAACCACCGAUACUUAAAACUUUGUUUCAUAUUCAUGCCAUUUCUUUUAUUGUCAUUCUCGCGUUUAUCUGGAUUGAUACGCUGCCUGGUAUUGGUCGAGGUCUUACUCCAAAAGAGCUAUACACAACAAUUGAGCACGGCUUCAAGUGUCACUUUAAAAGCAGCAGCUCUUGCACUGGAGUAGCGAACCACGGAUGGAUUUUUCUCUUCUCCUACAUCACCUUUUCCAUAUCAAUCUUGAAUUUUUUGUCCAUGUGUGAGAGUGCUGUCUUCACCGUUGCCGCAACUACUAUUUCUCUACCUCUAUCCGGCAUUUGGUGGAGUAUUUAUAAGAUGGAUGUUGGUUCUAAUGGAGGAAUAAUUAUAUGGUCACCUGGUGUAACUGGUGAACUUAUCUGCGCUCUUCUCGGUCUUCCUGUAGUACUACUUGGACUUGGUCUUCUUAUAAGAUCUCACUUUCGUGAUACUCAACCUACUUACCAAAGUAUUCCACCUCCAGAUCUACAUCGCGAAAUCUACAAUAGAUGAAUUUUAUCCUUUAAGAAAAUUUAAAUUCAUUUUUAUUUAUUAAUAGAGAUUAGAAACAUGAAAGUAUGCGUGCGAUCAUCGAUCAAUUGAAUUUGAAAAGAAAAAAAAAUAUAUAUAUAUAUAUAUAAAAUAUAUAUAUGUAUUCAUAAUUAAUAAUCAAUAAGUAGUAAGAAGAGAAGUUAAAUUUUCAUGUCAUGCCAAAAAUAUGCCGAGCCAUGUCAACUAAUUUUUAAACCUUGUUAUAGCUUUUAGACUUUUUACUAAUUCCCUUUCCCCAUUAAAUAUAAAAACAUUAAUAAUGUUUUUUAUGUACACAUCUUUUGUUAUCCAUAUUAAUUGUCACGUACUUUUUUAAAUGAAAAAUUUACAGAAAGUAGUUUUAUAUAAAAACAAAAUUUUUAAAAAUCAAUUUAGAUUUAACAUUUUUAUUUAUUUUUUUAUUUAAAAAGAUUUUUUUUUAUUUUAAUAAAAAUGCUCACUGCUUUAUUGUAAAAUACACGGAUUGCCAAAAAAAUUAAUCAGUAUUUGAUGCUACGACUUAAAAAACAAACACAGUAUUAUAAUUAUUAUUUAGAAUUAGUAAUUGUAUUAAUAAGUGUAAGACAAUUCAUGCCAAUUAUUAAUAUAAUUAAUUAAAAAGUUAUUUUUUUAUUAGCAUUCCAUGCGCUAAAUUUAAAAAAUUAACUAACUACAAGUCACCGGUUUAAU